GCAGCCCCGGGGAAGCAGCAGCAGCAGCUAUCUCGCUUUGCAUGGCUGCUUGGCGCGAGCCGGUGUUCUUCCCGGGCCUCGCAUGGCGUCGGCGAAGGUUUCUUCCGAAGCAAUCCCGGAGCAACGUCUACAACAGGCCAGCAUUUUCAAGGAAGAAGGGAACCGCUGUUACAAAGGCGGCCGUUUCAGGGAUGCAGUGAGCCGUUACCACUGGGCCUUACUGCAGAUUAAAGGCCUGGACCCCAGCAUGCCUUCUCCCCUGCAGGAAUUUGGGGCUGAAAAGCCCACCGUGACCCCAGACCAGGAAAAACAGCUGCAUAGCAUCCAGUGCGAUUGCUACAAUAAUCUUGCCGCUUGCCUCCUUCAGAUGCAACCCGUGAAUUACGAGCGGGUCAAAGACUACAGUCUCAAAGUCCUAGAGAGGCAAGCCGACAACGUCAAGGCGCUGUACCGGGCCGGUGUGGCCUUUUACCACCUGGGGGAUUACGACAAAGCACAACACUAUCUGUUGUCGGCAACCAGCCGGCAGCCCAAAGAUGCCAACGUCAAGCGUUAUCUGCAGUUGACCGAAUCACAGCUCAGCAGCUAUCUUCAGAAAGAGAAACAGUUAUACAUGGGGAUGUUUGGGUAGCAAAAACAAGCCGUCGCUGGAAAUCCCCGGAGGCUGCUAACCAUCAUUUCUAUAUUUUUUGUGUGUGCUGAACGACACGCGGUUGAUCAAUUUUGGAGUGAGGUAGUGCCUUGAAAAAUGCAAAAUAGCCAAUCCAUCUAGGAAAAGCGUCUUCAGCAAAUUAUCCUCCUUAUUCGUUUCCUUCUUCCCUCCCCACGUUUGUUCAUAAAAUCUUUUAAGAAGUU